AUGUCAAAAACAAGCUGGCAGAAGAUCUUGUAAUGGAGACGCCAUUUAGAUCAACUGAAGGAUUUGGGCAAUUAAAAGGAGAAUUAUCUUUUUAAUAUUUCCAGAAAAAGAUUAGUUGAAAUCAAAAAGUAGACCUUAUAAGAACAUUUAAAAGACUUUCCAGAGAGAGCCUUUAAUACUUAACCCAUUGGCUAUUGGCAGGACAAAUCAUUUGCUAAUAAACGAUAUGAAUACCCUUCAUCAUGUUAUACUACAGAAAACUAGAUUAGUUGUUAUACCUUUUUACUCAGAAGAACACCAGACAAAAACAGUGCAUGA